AUGUCACCGAUGAAAACAAUGAAAAACAAUAAUACCGAAGAUCUACGGAGACUGAAUGGUGUUCACAUUGUUCCUACACUUCUACGAUUCAAAUCAGAUCGAUUGCGAGUUAUUAUGAACGGGGUUUCUAUAAACUUGUACAAUCCAAAGGAAGCGACGAAGCGAUUUUUGAAAACCAGUAAGCCAGGAGUAAUGCCUGUCGUGAGAGACAACAUAGUGAACGCGGUAACAGCAAUUCGAGGAGAAAUGGGAGAUCCAUACGUUGCGAAAUACGAACAGACUCUGGAAAAGGAAAACUCCGAUCUUCUCUUCUACAGUGACGGCAUUCAAUUGGAUCUCACAGUCUCCAAUUUCGACGUAUCCUUUGUGAACAUUGAUACUGAAAUCAUGGUCUUUGUUGAUUUCAUUCACAAAAUCCGUUCCAAGAAGAAGUGGUUCUGGGAAAUGUCCAUCACGAAAAACCGAGAAAUGUAUAAGAUUGAGAACGCUGUUUUGAAACUUCUCUUGUGUAUUUAA